AUGGCACCUCUACCUAAAUCACGAGUGUCUCCAUCUCGACCCUUUUCAGUUACAGGAGUAGAUUUCUGCGGUCCUGUGAUUAUUCGACCAUCUAAAAAUAGUAAAGCAAGAACAAAGGGUUACAUAGCUCUCUUUGUUUGCUUCUCAACUAAAGCUAUCCAUUGCGAAUUAAUGAGUGAUCUGUCAACUCCCACUUUCAUCGAAGCUCUUUGCAGAUUUGUUUCAAGAAGGGGAAUUUGUAAGGACCUUCAUUCGGAUAACGCAAAAACAUUCAAAGGUUGUGAUAAAGCAUUAAAAAGAAUGUUUUCAAUGUUGCCGGAGGAUUCAAAGUUUCAAGAAUUUUUGGCGAAACAUCGAAUCAGUUGGCAUUAUAUCCCCCCUAGAUCACCUACAUUUGCCGGAUUGUGGGAAGCGGCAAUCAAGUCCUGCAAGUUCCACCUGCGCAGGGUAUUCUCAAGUGCAGUCUUUACUUAUGCUGAGUUUGAGACUGUAUUACUACAAGUAGAAGCAUGUUUGAAUUCACGUCCAUUGACCGCCCUCAGUAAUGACCCUCAAGACUUGGAGCCGUUGACUCCUGGUCAUUUUUUAAUUGGAGAACCAUUAACUUUAUUGCCAUUGAGUGUCGCUUUGAAACCUGAUAUAGACGAGAGGUGCACCCUGAAGUCUAAAUUCUUACUUCAACAAGAGAGAUUGUGCAAUUUCUGGAAUCGAUGGCAAAGAGAAUAUCUAGCUCAACUACAUCAAAGAGCUAAGUGGAAAUGUCCGGAAGAGAAUUUGACUCCAGGGACACUAGUAGCCAUCCAAGAACCGAGGCUCCUACCAUCUCAGUGGUCCAUUGGAAGGGUGGAGACUACGCACGCAGGUGCCGAUGGGAAGGUCCGUGUGGCAACCAUCCGGACCAGUAAAGGACUUAUAACUAGAGGAGUGUCAAGAUUAGCCAGGAUUCCGUAA